AUGAAAAUCAGUGCUCUACAAGUUGGUGGGCUCCUGCUGUUGGGCCCAAACCUAGUCUCCGGUAUUGUACUCGGGGUUUCAUGUGACAAAAAAGAGUACAACAUAGACAAAAUAGAUCCACUUACAGGGAAAAAAGGCAAUGUGUGGAAGAGCCUUCUCGAAAACAUCAUGGACAAAGGAACAGUAUCAUUCAAAACUUGGAAAAGCGCUUUAGAAAGAAAUUUCGACGGUGCGCCAGAGGCUAAGAAGGAAUUUGAGUUUCACUUUCCAACCAAAACCGACGAAAUUAGGAAAACUCUUAUAGCAAGAAUCACCAAUCUACUCGCGGAUAAGAGGAACGAAGUGAGAAUGCAAAAAACAGCCGACGAGAAGGUUGACCCUAAAGAUGAAAUUCUUGUGGAGUGUGAUUUGGACAUGUUCAAAAAAGAAGAUCCCACUGAUCCUACAAACGAUUGGUAUGAGCGAACGAUGAAUACUGGCCAGAAGGAGCUCUCCUAUCUUAGGGCCAGCACUUAUGACAGUUGCAAGCUUGACACAAAGGCCGUUUCCAAUGGAGUACCAGACGUAAAUACUCAAGGUUUUACACAACCUCAUAAGCUUGCAUAUCUCCCUGACCAGUUGUACCUUUGCCCCCAGUGGCUUGCGUGGCUACAGGCGGUGGGUGGCUAUCGUCAAGAAUCAUGGAUCUUUACUUCAAUGCACAGACAACAGUUGGAGCACAUUCCUUCUUAUACAUGGCCUCAGUCAAAACUUGACAAACAAACGCAGAAUGAGAUGGUUAGUGAGCAAACGGGAGGGACAUGGAUAACUGAGGAUAAAAGUGAAAGAGCAAUAUGGACUAUUGUUCACGAGCUUACCCAUACGGAAAAGUUCAAAGAAGUUGGGAAGUAUGGUGAUACAGGUACAGAAGAUACACCACAAGGCGAGGCGUAUGAUCGAAUCGACAUAAUGAAGCAUCACGAACCAAACAACGCAGAUACUGUGGCAUCUGCUUUUAUGUCCUAUUACCGCCUCCUCACUCCUGGGAUCAAGAUCAAGGCCGAUGUUCCCGGCGAGUGGGACCCUAAAUGGACGGCGAGUAAUUCUAAGACGCUGGCCGUAGGGAAACCAAAACCCGCCAGCGGCGGUUCAAGUUCUGGAAAGAAACCAGUAAGCAACAAUCCUUAA